CGGCUGGUGACGUGGCGGCCGGUGCCGGCGGCGCGUGCCGGCGGCGGGGCGAUGCAGAGGCGAGCGGCGGCGCGAGCGCAUGGCCAGGAUCGGCGUUUCCUGCCCGUCGUGGCGCAGCGCGGGACCCUGCCCGUGCCCGGGACCGUGGCAGCGCUCGGCCGCGUUGGGGCUGGUCCUGGUCGUGGGGCUGCUGCUGCUGCUGGCGACCGCCGCGCCCCGCCGCUGGGCCUCCUCGCCCCGAACCGCCCGGCGCGACGACAGGUACCUGGCGCGAGCGGAGGAGCUGAUGGCCACCGACACCGAGGACCCGGCUCUCAGUUAUGGGGUGGUGGUCGACUGCGGGAGUAGCGGGUCCCGCGUCUUCGUCUAUUUCUGGCCCCCGCACAACGGGAACCCCCACGACCUGCUGGACAUCAAGCAGAUGAGGGACCGCAGCAGCCGCCCUGUAGUCAAGAAAAUUAAGCCAGGCAUCUCGGUGGCGGCUGCAGCCCCGGAGCAAGCGACGCCUUACCUGCGCCCUCUGCUCCAGUUCGCGGCAGCCCACGUCCCCGCUCGGAAGCACAAGGAAACUCCGCUCUAUGUCCUGUGCACGGCGGGCAUGCGGCUGCUGCCCGAGAGGCAGCAAGCUGCAAUCCUGGAGGACUUAGCGAGAAACGUGCCUCUGGAGUUUGAUUUCCUCUUCUCCAAAUCACAUGCAGAAGUGAUCUCAGGGAAACAGGAAGGUGUCUAUGCAUGGAUUGGUAUCAACUUUGUCCUGGGCCGGUUUGAUCAUGAGGAGGAGGACGACGCAAUGAUCACCGUAGCAGUGGGAGACCAAGGAGAGUCCCUGGUUCGGAAACGAACAGUUGGGAUCUUGGACAUGGGGGGGGCCUCUCUGCAGAUCGCCUAUGAAGUGCCUGACUCUGGAGCCUCCUCCUCCCCACAGCAGGAGGAGGCUGCUAAGAGCUUGCUGGCAGAGUUCAACCUGGGCUGCGACGUGCAGCACACUGGCCACAUGUACCGUGUCUACGUCAACACCUUCCUGGGCUUUGGGGGCAAUUUUGCCCGCCAGCGCUAUGAGGACCUUGUGCUGAACCAGACCUAUGUGCACAACCGCCUGCACAGCCAGCAGAUGGGGCUGAGCCCUGAGAUGCCCUUCCUGGACCCCUGUCUGCCCGUGGGGUUGGAGGACUCGGUGGCCAGGGGCAGCCAGACACUCUACAUGCGGGGGAGAGGGGACUGGCCAGCCUGUGUGGAGCGGCUGCAGCCCCUCCUGGCUGGGUCAAACAGCAGCCAGGCUUCCCUGCUGGGGACCUACAAAGCCCCCAUUGACUUUGACAACAGCGAGUUUUAUGGCUUCUCUGAAUUCUUCUACUGCACUGAGGAUGUGCUGCGCCUGGGCGGCCAGUACAGUGCCCCCACCUUCACCUCUGCUGCCCAGGAGUACUGCAGCCAGCGAUGGGAGGUGCUGACCCAGCGCUUCCGUGGUGGCCUCUACUCAGCUCAUGCAGACCAGCACCGGCUGAAGUACCAGUGCUUCAAAUCGGCCUGGAUGUACCAAGUCCUUCACCAGGGCUUCCAGUUCCCCCUGGACUACCCCAGCCUGCGCACAGUCCAGCUGGUGUACGACCGGGAAGUGCAGUGGACACUGGGAGCCAUCCUGUACAAGACACGGUUUCUGCCACUCAGGGAUCUCCGGCAGGAGAGCAUCCGGCAAGCACACACCUCCUGGCUGCGCCUCUCUUUUGUCUACAACCACUAUCUCUUCUUUGCCUGCAUCCUGGUGGUAGUGCUGGCAAUAGUCCUCUACCUCCUGCGGCUGCGCCGCAUCCACCGCCGGCAGCUGCGCUUGGCCCAGCUCACCACGCUCUGGCUGGACAAGGUGGUGGUGGUGCCAGGCCAGGGAAAUGGGCCAUAACCCUGGUGUUACCAUCCAGUUGCACCAGCAGAACCAGGACUGGCUGACAGCCUGGGCUCUGAGGGCUUGGACUCUCUUGAACAGCAUCUCAACUGCACUCCAUCUCCACGUCAGAACCAGCAGAACCUGUGGGCUGAGACAGCCACAGCCACUAGAGCUUUCCUCUCCACCUUUGCAUUCCUUGGCCUCUGGCCUUCCCCCUGCUGUGUUCUGUAGAGCAAAGUCCUCUGCUGCCAGCGGGCUCAAGGCUGCAGCUCAGCAGUUCCUGAAGAUAAGCAGAACACUAUCACCGAGGCAGCCAACCUGUGGCCUGAAGCACUGGGCCACCUCAUGACUCAGCCGCAGGUUUGCAGAGCAAGCUGGUAAGGUGCUGUAGCUUGUCCCUAGGGGUGGCCUUUCUGUAGUCCCUUAUGAAUCCACGUGCUAGAGAGCAGCAAUCACCAGCAAAGUUACUGCAAGAACCAGGUGAACCACGAGCACCACUGAGCUGCUCCGCCCAGCCCAGCCCCUCUUGGAGUGUUAAGAGGUGUCCUGCUCUUUGCCUCAUCUUCCCCUCCCAGGAUAGUCCCCCUAGAGUCCUAGCCAAUGCCCCAGGCUGAGCACAGAGGGCUCAGGGGCUGGUUCCUCAGGCACCACUCAAGUGGACUGCUUCCUUUCAUACAUUCCCUCCUGGGCAUGUCUGCCCUGUGGUGUCCCACACAUUAACUGGGCACUAGUACCAGGACCAGUGGUUCUCUCUGCCAUGAGCGCAGGCUGGGCCGGCCCAUGGGGAAACCACCUUGAUCCAGCCCAGGUCACUGCUGCAGGGCAAGCCUGGGCUGUGGCUGUGUGCACAGGCACCAGCCUUCCUCCCCUGGGGCUGGAGCCCCUGAUGACUCCAUGAAGUUCAUAACUUUUUACUUGAACUCAGCUGUUCCCAUUCCUGCAGCAAUAAACAAACCCCUUGACCCACCAA